AGGAGCUGCCCAGCGGAACGAGCCCAGGAUGGAUGCUCAAGACUGUCCCUGCAUUAGUGGUGGUGUCUGCACCUGUGGCAACAACUGUCAGUGCAAAAAUUGCAAGUGCAAAUCGUGCAGGAAAAGUUGCUGUUCCUGUUGCCCUGUUGGCUGUACCAAGUGUGCCCAGGGCUGCAUCUGCAAAGGGCAGCCUGCCACGAAGUGCAGCUGCUGCAAGUGAACGUUGUCUCGCCACCCCAGCGAUGAUCUGUAUAUUUGAUUGCCUGCCAGAAUGUAACCUUAUUGUUCAUUUCUAUAUGUGCCUGUGCGUUUUCUAGCAUUUACAUGUAAAAAAAAAGUUAAGCAACUUGAAAAUAAUAAAGAGAAGUGU